CUCCCUUGUGUUCUGUUCUUAUUUUUGCUAUGGAUAUCUGGUUAUGAAUGUAUUUAUCGUAUUACUAGGCUCACCUAGAACUAUUAAAGAUUUUCAGUUUUUAAACAAAAAUUAAUUUAUGAUUUUAGAAUUAUAAACUAUUCCUUCCAUUCCAAAAUUAACUAUACCAUGUAUUGCUGUUGGCUGAAGUCUCUACUGGUCGUCGUGUCGGUAUAAUGCUAUCUUUUAGUUUAAAUGUUUGUAUAAUGUCCUUGUAUGUUAGAAUGGAAAAAGAGAACAUAGAAAAAUAUACUACUUACUUCAUAAAGGUCUAGAGUCAUGUCCAUAAUUAGUUGAACGUUUUUAACUUCACCAGAAUCCACUUGUUCAUCCAAUGGAGGUGUUUUACACUCUUCAAUUUAUUAGCCAUCAAAAGAACAAAAUGUAAACAUACCUAGCAAAAGCGCUCCUUGGGAAUCCUCAGUCAAUCCUGCCUUUCCUUCUUUAAAAAGGAAACUGACAUAAAACAGAUUCUCGACAGUUUGUGAAUAACUUUCUGGAUUUGUGAUAAAUUUUAAUAGAUCGAUUGGUUGGUGCUUUCGAAGCAGACGGGAGAUCUGCAAAACACUUUUCGUGGUAUUAUUUUCCUGAGCUGAGAUAUUCUCCUGAUUAAGCUAAUAAAAUUAGUAUAGAAAAAUAGAAAGAUUCAUACCAAUAUCGGCUGAGUAGAUGUAUUUGGGGCUCGCUGUAACUUUUCCCUUCUUUGUACUUGCCUUUCCUUUUUUCGAAAUGACAAAGGUCCCACCCUGUUCAGUAUGUUAGAAAAGGAGAAUUAAAAUAAACCUACAUUAAAUUUAUAGAUGCUGGCCUCCUUUGAUACUUCCAAGCAAUCUUCCCUAACCUUGACCAGGCGAGUUCAUUUUUGUUAGAUUCGGAAGAAGUGUUGGAGCUGUUCUGAUUUAAAAAUUGCUUAAUUUGCCUAAUAUAAAGCUGGAUGUUAAAUUUUGGCAUUCCUAUAUGCAACUGCUUGGUCCUCAAAGAUGCUAAAUCCACUGUUUUUGUCAACAAUAAAGCAUCCAGAGCAGCUUCUGUCGGUGCCUCCACUAGUUUAAAAUUAAUUAGAAUAAAGAAUUAAAAAAGUAAUUACCUGAUGAAAACAAAUCAUUAGCAGAAGCCACCGUAUCGAUUAGUGCAUUAUUUUCCUGGUCCACUAACUCAAGCCGAGACUCUAACUAAAGUUAGUAAACUUUUUUAUUACAGUGGAAAAGAAUCAAUUACCGUGAACCUGGUUAAUUAAAGACCGGUACCGCUUUCGCAGGUCGCGCUUGUCGAUAGGAGGCAUGUUUUCUGGUUGAGUAACCGAGAGCCUGAAAGAAGAGAAAUUAGUUCAAUUUAGAAGAUUCCAAAUCGGAGGUGAAAUUCCUUAUUCAAACAAUUGUUUUUGACGACAGCUUAAAAUGCAGCUUAUACGCGAGAAAUGGAGAAUCACAAUUCAAACAGCUUAAAAAUUCGUCUUUUGCGUAUAAAAAGCCCCGUGAACGAAAAGAAAAGAGAUAUGAAUGAAAAACAAACAAAAAAUGUUGUUAAGCAGAUUUUCUACUGUUCUCAGUUGCUUCCACCAAGAGUACGACACAUCUUGAUGACUGUAUGUUACGUUGAAACAAUGAGUAUAUUAUAACUAUCUAUGCUGGCUUAAAAUAUAAUUGGUAUAUAGUGUUUAAUAUGUUGCCAAAAAAAGACAUCCCUGUACCAAAGUUUGGAAGCUUCAAACCAAUUAAGGACGAAAAGGAAAAGCAUACGCAGAAAAGAGAACGUAACCAAAAUGAUAGAGAAUUCAGACAUGCUAAACAUAAACGAUCUAUUUCGCUCACUGAUCGUGACCUGCAGUCGUUGAAUAUUAGAUAUGAUACAAAGGGAGAUAGAAAGGUUUUCUUCUAUGGCGGAAUCCAUAAAUAUUCUAUUCCAAAUUAUAAACGAAAAUCUAAAGUUAUAAUGGGUAGUGAUCCUGAAGAAAUCAUAGUUCGUCAAAUGGACGAAGGGAUUUAUUUGAAAAACGCUAUGUACGUACCCAAUUCUGAAGAGAUUAAUAGGAGCCUUAUUGCUGCUUCUUCACUUGGGUCAAUUCUGCGUGAGGAUGAAUAUUUACCUUUCCCUGAGAAUUCUGCAAAUGUCGCCAAAGAUAAAUCGGCGGUGCAAUCUGAUCCUAUUAGAUUGAAAGGAACGCAGAAUGAAAUUGCCCAACUGCAAAAAGAAUUAGAAAAAAAUAGUUUGAACCCAUCAUUAUGGCUUCGUUUAUGUUCACUGCAGAAAGACUUACUUCUUCAAGAAUAUGCUCGACCGAACAUGUCGGUUCGCGAAGAGAGAAGCCUUCGCCGCUCAAUACAUGAGAUUCAAAUCUCUGUAUUAGAAAAAGCUAUUUUCUUUCAUAAUCUAUCAUCUACUGAUAUUGAACAAUUGGCUACUGAAUAUUUCAAAUUAGGGUUUUCUGAAUGGGACUCGAAAACAACACAAGAUCGUUGGGAGGAUUUGCUUUCUAGAUAUAAUAUAUCGGAAAAAUUAUGGAUUCUAUAUAUUAAUUUUCUUAUAUCUAAUGUACACUCAUUUUCUGUUGAGUCAUGUUUACAAACAUUUUCCCAUUGCCUUGGUAUGAUUAACGAAAAAGUUAGUCAAAUUUAUGAGGAGAAUAAAGUAUUAAAUGAGGAUGUACAGAAACUGGAAAAAACUGCCCUUUAUGUCUUACUCAGAAUCUGUUAUUUUGCAAAAGACUCAGGUUUUUUCGAAUUAGCUUAUGCGAUCACCCAAGUGAAUAUGGAAGUUAAUUACUUUCUUCCAGAAACUAUGAAAUUGGAGGAAUUAAGUUAUAUAAAAUGCGAAUUGUCGAAGUUUUGGGAUUCUGACAAGCCAAAAUUUGGAGAACCCAAUGCACUUGGUUGGAAAAAUAGUUCCAAUGCACCGUCAUUUUCUAAGGAAAAAUUUGAUGAUUCCCAGUCAUCGAUUUCAACGUACGAUUCGUUUUCACAGUGGACAGAAAAUGAGAAAAGAUUCCAGGAACAAAAACCUUGGCGCGAACCGAAACUUGCUCGCAAACUGAAUAGCACGGAUGAUCCUUUUCGUCAUGUUAUUUUUGAAGAUUUAAAAGGGUUCGUUUUUCGUUUUCUUUCUCCAAAGGCACUGUUGGAUCUGAAAUACUGCGUUUUGAACUUCUAUGGUCUCCCAGUUCUUCCGCCAGAAGCAAGCAACGAACAUUUUUUCGUUUCGGAUCCAUGGUUUUCAUCGAGUUCAAACAUUGAUAAUUCUGCAGAGGGAUCUGAAGGUGUGGAUGGUCUAGUUUCUUCUUCAAGAACUUUAUCACCGGGAUUUUUAGAAAUCUAUUUUCCUUGCUCAGUCGAUUUGCCCGACUUUGUUUCAAUGGUAUUGAAGGAUUUUUCCAAAGAAGAAAUUGAUCGUUUGAAUGGAAUUCUGUACUUGCUUUUACAAACGGUGGACGAUGAAUAUUUUGCAGGGUUGUAUAUAAUUUUUUUAGAAAAAUUAUGUCAAUUGGAGUUCAACGAUCAACAAUAUAAUUUAUUUAGUUCUACUAUAAAAGAAAUACUAAAGAAGUAUGAAAGUUCAGUUUUUGUUUGGAUCUGUUUUGCUGAAACUGAAUUUAUGAAUGGAAAAGUAUCCUUGUGUGAAAAGAUAUAUGCAACUGCCUAUACUAUGCAUUCCUCCAAGUUUUCGGAUCUGGAAAAUGCAUGGUUUCAUAAGAAUUGGGCUAUGCAAAAGUACUUUUCGAAUGACGAGCUUGGAUUUUGGAACGUAUUACUUCAUUGGUUUCAAAUUGAUCAAACCUGUCUUAGUUCAACAGACAAGGUUGGAUUAGCUAAAAAAGUAUCCGUGCUAUUUCAAGAGGAACGAGACUGUAAAAAGGCCAUUAACAUAGGAUUAGUUUACCUGCUUCUUUCGAUUUUUAUAGGAAUCGAGCCCGUGUAUUCUACUAUAGAAAAGUGCCUCUUAAAAGUAAAUAGCAUGGAUGGUAUUACGAACGAAAAACUGGAAUACUUUUAUGUUCUUAGCCUUACAGCGGCAAUGCAUGAUGCAAAAGAACGCGAAUUAUUCAGCGUAAUGAAGAUGAGACCUAUACUAGAAAAAGCUGUUCAGUUAUUUCCCAACAAUGUCAUUCUGUGGUACGUGUUUUCAUGGUUUGAGUCAAAGCAGCAACUUCAGUUUCGGGUUAAAAGAAAAGCUUGGGAACUCGUUCAGACUUAUCAAGAAAAGGCUAUUUAUCCCUCAUAUGUUUGUCUAAUGGAAGAGGCUAAGCUAUCGCUGGAGAAAAUGAAGAGUGCAGUUGAAAAUAUAUUGUCUAUAAGGGGGCUAGAUUUCAUUACGGGAUUUUGGAAAGUUUACCUGAACGCUGUUGUUUCGAAAGCUGACUCGAAUGGAAUGGAUAGCAUACUCGGUAUAAGGAAAUCGAUAAGUCAAUGUCCGUUUAGAAAAGAUUUAUACGUCUACAUUUUCGCACUAUUGCAAUCAGGAAAUUACACGGACGAAGCAAAGAGUUUUUAUUUAUUGAUGAUUGAGAAGGGUUUUCGUUUGCAUAAUGAAGUCGCUUCAACGAUUUUGGAAUCUACGGUAAUGAAGCAUUAUCUCCAGUUGCCUCAGGAUUCUCGCGUAGUACUUACUGAGGAAUAUUCUAAUGAAUAAAUAAGAAUAACUAGUAAAAUCAUGUAUAGCACAAUAUAAUAUUAGUUAUGAUUUUUACGUUGACAUCUUGGUGUUGACAAUGAAAAACUUUU